AUGACUACCCAGGCUAUGACCAGGGAAAUCCUCCUUUCGAGACGUGAGAUUGAAGGUAUGAUUGCCGAAGACAAAUCUAUCAUCACCCUCGACGGUAAAGUGAUUAAACUGGAUUGCUGGAUCAAAUUCCACCCCGGCGGCGCCCUAGCUAUAAAGCACAUGAUAGGUAAAGAUGCCACAGACGAAGUGAACGCGUAA